AUGCCAAACGUGGCUGGCGGCGAGUUCAACUAUGCCUACCAGAGCGAGCCUAUCACCAAUACCGCCAAUCGUGUUCAUACCCUGAACGCCGGCAAAGCUCUCGGGGGAGGCAGUAUACUCAACUAUGGCGGCUGGCUGCGUGCAGAUGCCGCCGACUAUGAUGAAUGGGCUGAGAUAGUGGGCGACAAACGCUGUAGCUACGCCGGCAUCAAGCCGUGGCUUCAGAAACCGCAACAACUCGACGGUUCUGAGGCGCAUGCAGAAGGACACGGUUUCGAUGGGCCCAUGCAUAUUACCUCGGUCUCUGCUUCCGAGUCAGGAGAGCGCAAUCCUCAUGCUCUCGAGCAUCGGCGAAAUCUCGACGAGGUGCUCACUGUCUAUGUGCCGCCCGGGAUACCAGGCAUUCCCGUCGAUGGGACGCACAUCGCCACGUCCACGAUGCUGCUCCUGCCCACCUCCCGCGGCAGGGUGUCGAUUCGCUCCAGCAGCCCGGCCAACCUCCCGCGCAUCCAGCCGGACUACUUCGCCACGCAGCUGGACCGCGAUGCUCUGAUCCACGCGGCGCGCCAGACCUUGAAGCUCAUGCUGGGCACCGGACCCAUGAAGGGUAUUGUCGAGGGCGAGACUCCUCCUUCCGGGGAGGGCCUGGAAGGCUCGACGCCGCUCACGGCGGAUGCUGCCGACGAGCAGAUUGAGGAGAGGAUCCGCAGGACUGGAACGCAGCACCACCACUCGGGGGGCACGGCAGCCAUGGGCAAGGUGGUGGACACGGAGGGUAGAGUGUUGGGCGUGAAGGGGCUGCGGGUGGCCGAUGCCAGCAUCAUCCCCUUACCCCUGGGCGGCCACCCCCAGGCUACGCCUUACGGCAUGGCUGAACAGCUGGUCAGCUUCAUCAUCAGAGGCGCUUGGCGAGGGUGGUGCUUGUGGAAUCAAGAUACUGCUUUGUAA